AUGGAAGCGGGCAAUGCGUCGUACGAGCCGCUGCCGGCACUGCUGUCGCCGGGGGGGGAGCCGGACCGCGAGCUGCUGGACGCCAUCGACGACGUGGUCCGGGACCUCGUGAACCAGGUCCUGCAGGGAGAGGCGCCGCGGCUCGAGCCCCUCAACCAGCACGCGAACUCGGUGGCAAUCUCUUUCCUUUCAAACCCGCUGCAAUUCACGCGAGUGCUCAGCGUGCUGGAGUCGGCCCAGGAGGCGGCGCUGCGCGACGGCAAGAACACGCAGCGCGACCUGUUCUACGGCAUGAAGGAGGGCUUGCCCGCGGGCGUCGUGGGGUCGGUUCAGGAGACGUACAGCGCCGUGAAUCGCGCGUGCGAGCUCCUUCUAAUGGAGCGCAACCGCCUCCACAUCACCUCGUCGUCCAAGGGCCUCGUGGCCGGCAACCUCUCCAUCAACAAGGACGGGCCGUGGCUCAGCGGGACGUCCACGCAGGCGGGCAUUCCGAUUCCGGGCGACCUCGACGUCCUCGCGCGCAUGCACGUGCGCAUCAGUUCCAACUGCCGCUGCAUCCUCGUCGUCGAGAAGGACGCGAUCUUUCAGCGGCUGCUCGACGACAAAUUGUUCGACCUGGUCCCGUGCGUGCUCAUCACUGGCAAGGGCGUCCCGGACCUGGCGACCAGGAUGCUCCUACGGAAGCUCCACGAGCAGGCCGGCCCGGCGCUGCCCGUCAUAGGGCUGGCGGACUACAAUCCGAGCGGGGUCGGCAUCCUGUGCGUGUACCGCUUCGGCGCGCUCAAGGACGCCGCGGAGAGCCGGUCGUUCCGCGUGGACUGCUCGGUGCCGUUGCAGUGGCUCGGUGUCCGCUCCGAGCACCUCGCGGUCUGCGACGGUUCAGAGAGCUCGGGGUGCGGCGGCGCGGGCUCGCGCGGGCAGGCGCGGCGCCCGUUGAGCGAGGCGGACCUGCGGCUGCUAGGGGGGAUGUUGCGGCGGGACGCACAUGUGCCGGUGGGGUCGGCGUGGCGCGAGGAGCUGCUGGUGAUGCAGGCGGGGGCGGUGAAGGCGGAGAUCGAGGCGGUGGCGAACUGGCACGGGCCGCAGUUCGCGGAGUGGGUCGCCCGGAACGUGCUGCAGCGGCGGUGGAUCUGA